AUGGGUCGUGGAAGACUAUCAAUGGAGCUAAUUCAGAAAGAAAAAGCUAGGAAGACAACAUUUGUAAAGAGAAAGAAUGGAUUAAUGAAGAAAGUGGACGAGUUCUCCACUCUUUGUGGUGUUGAUGUUUGUUUAAUUAUCUAUGGCCCCAACUUUGAUGGUCAAAGACCCACCAAACCUGAGACAUGGCCCCAAGACACCGACCAGGUACGCCGAAUCAUUCAAAAGUACCAUAACACAACAAGUGAUAGACCUCCUAGGAUCUAUGAUAUUGAAAAGUAUUAUAGAGAUAGGGUUAAGAAAGUUGAAGGUGAGAUUUCUAAGGUGCACAAGGAGAAGGAGAAGCUUAAGCCCAAGAUCACAUAUCCUACUUGGGAUACCUCAUUCAAUGAUCUUAGGGAAGACCAACUGAUAAUGUUUGCUGGAAUUUUGGAUUCUAAGAUUGUGUCUUGCAAUCAAAGAAUCAACAUGCUAAAGCAAAAUCCCAAGGGAAAAGCAAUAAUGGUAGAAUCAAAAGACAAUGUUGAUGAGAAUGUUUUUGCUACUCUUUACUUGGCUUCAUCAAACCCUAGUAGCUACCUUAAUUUUAUGCCAAACAAGGGGAAGUUCAUCACAAUCUUCCACUCUUCAUUUUGA